GUGGAUGAAAAUAUCAGUCUCCUAUAACAUUCGAAGUGAACACAUACGGUAGCACAAUGUCAACUCCUAGAUUACGAGAGAAAAUUUAUCUUCUUGGGCAUUACUCGAAUGAAAUUGUUGGAAGUAAACUGCCAUCGGUGAAACAAGUGUUAAACGUUUUCUUUUUUAAUUUGCGAGUGUGUAAGUUAACUGUACGGGGAAGUGCCUCACUAGCUGUGCGGGAAGCGAUGAUAUAUUGGGAAAAAGCACGAAUUCCGACGCAAGAGUUAAAGAAUUGUAUACCAAAGUUGGAAGGUCUGUAUCAACAAUUUAGGCAACUUCAAAAACAUGCUGGAAGAUUGUCGGAGGUUCAUAAGAAAAAAGAAACAGAUUUCCUUGAAAAACUUGAGGACCUUUUUGAUAUAGAACACGCCAAUGCUUUGAGUAUCAUUACCGUUGAAGAAGAUAAACAGUUCUUAAUCAAUCAGCGGUUGAGAGGACGGCCAGGGUUUAUGUAUGGAAUUGAUUACCAGCUAAUUGCGAAAGAAGCACGAGUUUCUGAACGAAAAAUGCAAGAGAUGAAGAGGAAAAAGCGAAGCGAUCAUGAAAUGCAACAACUGACUCAACCUGCUAUGCUCAUGACGUCUAGUUUAAGCAGUAGUGAAGAUUUAGAUUUCUGUGAUUUGGAGGAAGUUCCGCGAGUCUCAAAAGAUUUAUCACCACAGGCAAAAAGGAAAAGGGGGCGUCGAACAAUAAUCACUCCUAAGCUUGCUGCUGCCUUGGAUAAGUGCAAGAUCAGUGACAGGAAUGCUGUUCAUAUUCUGGUAGCUGCCAUCGAAGCGCUUGGUUAUAAUGUUGAAAAUUUCGCUAUCAACAGGUGCUCUAUUCACAAUUUUCGAGAGAAUCUUCGCGAACAAAAAGCUGCUGAAAUCAAAAAUAUUUUCAAGGAUAGGAAAUUGCACGCUGCUACCUUGCAUUGGGAUGGUAAACUACUUCCAGCAUUAACGGGAAAAGAGACCGACUUCUGUAAUUCUUUCAAAUUGUGGUACUAAUCAACUUCUUGGUGUACCUGCAUUGCAAUCGGGGAAUGGAUAAGAACAAGCAACAGCUGUUUGUGAAACUCUUGCGGAAUGGGGCCUUCAGGAUUACGUAAAAGCAUUAGUUUUUGACACAACAGCGUCAAAUACAGGCGCUUUUAAAGGUGCAUGUGUUUUGAUUGAAAACUUUCUGGAAAAAGUUCUCUUGUAUUUACCCUGCCGGCAUCACAUGUACGAGAUAAUUUUAAAAGCAAUUUAUGAGGAAAAGAUGGGGAAAACUACAGGCCCAACUGUACCAAUAUUAAAAAAGUUCCAAACUGCUUGGUCUGGAAUUAACGUUAAUAAUUUUAAAACCGGAAUCGAGCAUGAAAAGGUCAAGGAAAAUUUGGAUCCGGUCGAUGUAUCUCGAAUUCUUGAUUUUGUACAAGACGUUUUGCAAGAACAACAUCCCAGAGAGGAUUAUAGAGAAUUUUUAGAAUUGACUGCUAUUUUUCUUGGCACAACACCGCCUCGUGGAGUGUGCUUCCGAGUACCAGGGGCUAUCCAUCAUGCAAGGUGGAUAGCAAGGUUUCGCGAUGAAUUUAAGUUAUCACCACAUGAAGAAAAUGCUAUUUGUGAUAUUUGCAUUUUCCUAAUCCGUGUAUAUGUCGAAGCGUGGUUUUGUGCUCCUUCUGCAGCCAAAGCCCCGUAUUUACAUUUCAGUGUUCUUUCAACACUUUAUAAAUAUCAGAAUAUUGAUAGUGACAUCUCCCGUGUGGCUUUACAAAAAAUUAAAAAUCAUUUGUGGUAUCUAUCUCCUGAACCCAUCGCCUUGCCGUUCUUUGACUCUAAUUUGUCUUCUGAAUCGAAAAGAAAAAUGGUCAGUGCACUAUAUCGUGAAGCAGAUAUAUCAGAAGAAAAUACCAAAAAGAUUAAUGUGCAAAUAAAUCAAAUUCCAGAAAUAAUGAACAAUGGAAUCAAACAAUUUGUUUCUAAUAAAACAAGGAAAUUUUUCACUAGAUUCGAUAUAAGUGACGAGUUCCUUAACAUAGAUCCUUCGCAGUGGCACAAAAAUGAAGAUUUCAUUAAUGCUCUAAAUCUA